CUGAUUUUACGAUCAAUAUAUCUGCCAGCUUUCGAGUCAUGCAUAUCAACUGCGUGCUCAAUCUGCUGACAGAUAAUUCGCGGUCAUAGACAGACACUGCAUAAUACUCAAGGUUAAGUUGUAAGGGACAUAUAUAAGCAUGUCAUCUAAAAGGACGUAUCUCUCUGGUGCCCAAAAACGGAAAAAGAAAAGGACAGAAGAUGAGAAAAAAGAGCAAGAUAAAGGAACACUGUUGAAGUAUUUUGGAGCACAACCAACUGUACCUGCCCCCGAUGUGUCAUCAAGUGUAAGUGCCUCCACAGCUGAUGAUACAGCAGGUUCACCCCCAGCAGACUUACAGUCACCUGAAAGUGAGGAAGAACUUUUACCCAUUGAGGAACAGUUACCAGCAUUGACAGUCACUGAUACACCGACAACCUCUGCCGGCAUAACAGGUCCUUCUACAGCAUCCACUGCUAUGGAUGUCCCAUACACUCCCUCAACAAGCACUAGCUAUCAAGGUGGAUCAACAGCUCCUCCAAUUGACCAAGCUGAAUGGUCAGCCGGCAUGACAGGUCCUUCUACAGCAUCCACUGCUAUGGAUGUCCCAUCCACUCCCUCAACAAGCACCAGCUAUCAAGGUGGAUCAACAGCUCCUCCAAUUGACCCAGCUGAAUGGUCAGCAUUCCUGUCUGACUCAGAAAGGACUGAUCUGGUAAGAAGAGGGCCAAUGCAAAUUAGUGACACCUUCACCUUCCCCAAAAAAUCUGAUGGUCGAAGCUUUCAUUACCAUUAUACGUGUAGACAAUUAGUUAAUGGGGAAAAAAUCAAGCGAAGCUGGCUAAUUUAUUCAAAGAACAAUGAUGCGGUUUACUGCUUCUGUUGCAAAUUAUUCUCCAGAAAGUCCAAAAAACUGUUAACAGAGGGACAGCGUGAUUGGGUCAAUGUAGGAGCUUUUCUGAAACAGCAUGAGAAUAGUGUAGAUCUCACACGUUUGAUUAGCAUCAUUCAGUCUUUGGCAGAGAGGAAUCUUGCUUUCAGGGGUUCUGUCGAUACUUUGCAUCAGGCCAACAAUGGGAACUUCCUGAAAGAGGUAGAACUGAUGGCAAAAUUUGACCCGGUGUUAAAAGACCACAUCAGGAGAAUUGAUAGUGGAAUGCAGCACAACACGUACCUGGCUAAGACUAUCCAAAAUGAGCUGAUAGAGUGUAUCAGUGACAAAAUAAUGGAGGCAAUGGUGGCAGAAAUCAAGGACUGCAAAUAUUAUGCCAUCAUAUUAGACUGUACACCUGAUGUUAGUCACCAGGAACAAAUGUCUGUUGUGGUGCGCACAGUCACUCUGGGCAAAACACCAGAAAUAAAAGAGCACUUUUUGGGAUUUCUCAUAGCUCCACAAUCCACUGGCCUGGGUUUGUCCAAUUUAAUCCUUAACAGGCUUGAGGAAUUGAACAUCCCUUUUCAGGACUGUCGGGGGCAGUCUUACGACAAUGGGGCCAAUAUGAAGGGGAAGAACAAAGGUGUGCAGGCUAGGCUCUUGGUCAAAAAUCCAAGAGCUUUUUAUGUGCCUUGCAGUGCUCAUACCUUGAAUCUGACCGUCUCAGAUGCAGCCAAAGCAUCAACUGAUGCUUCUCGUUUUUUCGGAAAUGUGGAGAAGGUAUACAAUUUGUUCGCUGGGUCCACUCAAAGGUGGGCCAUCUUACGGCAGUUUGUUGACCUCACCCUCAAGUCAUGGAGUGAGACGCGCUGGGAAAGCCGCAUCAAAAGCAUUGAAGCUUUGCGCUACCAGGCAGAGAAGGUGAGCGAAGCCCUGUUAGAAGUAAGGAAUAAAGCCACUGACCCUGUAGUGGCUGUUGAAGCCAACUCCCUUGCUGAAGAAAUAGGGUCAUUUCGGUUUCAGAUUUGUUGUGCUGUCUGGUUUGACAUUUUGACGAAAAUUAACAUCACCAGCAAGCUGCUACAGUCAACCAACAUGCAGCUUGAUGUAGCUGUAAACCUUGUACACAAGAACAAAAGUGAACUGAUCACUUACCGGCAAAAAGUCUUCUCUGAUGCACAGACAUCUGCAAAAGAGAUUUGUGAGCGGAUGAAUACAGAAGCAGUUCUAAAAGAGAAGCGAUUGCGCUCUACAAAAAGGCACUUUGCUUAUGAGGCUGCAGAUGAACCGUUGGCAGAUGCAAUGAAGAGGCUAGAAGUGUCCUUUUUUAAUGCUGUUGUCGACUGUAGCAUUCAGUCAUUGGAGGAUAGAUUUCAUUCUCUAAGCGAGGUCAAAGAAAACUUUCUAGUGCUGCUCAAUUUUAAGGAGCUCGAUCAAAAGGUCCAGAGGGAACAAUGUGAGCUUCUUGGGGAAAAACUCUCGUGUGGAGAGGAGGCUGAUGUUGAUGGUAGCGCACUGGCUGUAGAGAUCGAGAGUCUUCCUGAAUUUCCCCAAACCAUGACCGCCCUUGAGCUGCUCACAUACCUCUCACAAAACGAGAUGUGUGAGGUUUACCCAAAUCUUUGGGUAGCUCUCAGGAUAGCCUGCACUCUGCCUGUGACAGUUGCCUCAGCAGAGAGGAGCUUUUCCAAGCUAAAAUUAAUUAAAACAUACCUGAGAUCAUCGAUGGCUCAGGAAAGAUUAAGUGGACUUUCUGUUAUUAGUAUUAAUAGCAAAGUUGGCCAAGCAAUAUCAUAUAAUGAUGUCAUCAAUGACUUUGCCUCCCGAAAAGCUAGGAAGGAAAGAUUUUGAGGACAGUUACAUUGUAUUGAGACAGUUGGGAAUAUUUUCACAAUAAUUGAUUGUUGAACCCUUGCUGUCAUGUUACUGACUUA